CUGUAGCUCUCACACGUCCACACCCGCCUAGGCACUAUCGCACGCUCGUGGUUGUCAUUGAGCCUCUGCUCUCGUGAUGUGACACCCCCCGCGACUGCCUACUCACCAUGAGUGUCCGAAAGCUCACCAUCGCCGUCUCGCCCCCAGCACGCGCAUCCCACCUCGCCCUAUGCACCAUCGACCGCCGCGCAUUCCAUACCCGAGGUCCCACCUCAUCUGCGUACAGUCGCUCUGACUUCAGCGGCCAGGGCUUCUCUAAUUUAUAUGAGACCGACCAGCCCACACGUGGCCCGCUGGGAGGCACCUCCAACGUGCAAGGCAGUCAUGUGACGCCCAAGGCGCUGAGACAGCACCUGGAUCAGUUCGUUGUCGAACAAGAGCGCGCCAAGGUGGUGCUGAGUGUCGCCAUACACGAACACCACCUGCGCAUCCAAGAGCUCCGGCGCCAGAGGGAUGAGGAAGCUAGGCUAGCAGCGCAGGCGCAACGGAGAGCGUCAGCGUUCAGGCACCCUGUAGAAGACGAGUUUCCAGGUCAGCAGGCAACUGUGCACGUAUCCAACCCUGCCGACCCCCCGUCGUAUAGCGAUAUUGCCUUCCCAGUUUACUCAUCACCGCUGCCGGAAGCUGAGCCGUUACCCGAGACCCAGCCGGAGCCUCUGCAGAUAGACAAAUCGAACGUGCUCAUACUGGGACCUACUGGCGUGGGCAAGACCCUCAUGUGCAAGACUCUAGCGAAGACCCUGGGCAUUCCCAUUUCUAUGUCUGACUGUACGACCUUUACACAGGCUGGAUACAUCGGAGACGAUGUAGAGCAGUGCGUGUCUCGCCUCUUCUCUGCUGCCGGUCAUGACAUCGAGGCCACUGAGCAUGGCAUCAUCGUGCUAGACGAGAUCGACAAGAUCGCCUCUGCCAAAAUGUCGUACGGAAAAGACGUCGGUGGCGAAGGCGUGCAGCAAGCAUUACUCAAGAUUAUUGAAGGUACGACCAUCCAAGUUCGCGCGAAGCCAGAAAAGAGCGCCGGAAAGAGCCCUGGCAGCAGUAACGGGUAUCCCUCUGGUAAUCCACUGGAUAUUGGGGGCAGCCCAAGGAGCCCGCUCAGUGGUGCGCCGGGUGGCGGCAAGGACGAAGUGUUCAAUAUCCGCACCGAUAACAUUCUCUUCAUCUGCACCGGUGCAUUUGCCCAGCUGCACAAGACAAUCCUGGAUCGCAAAUCCAUGGGAGGCAUAGGGUUCGGGGCAUCGAUUCGAUCAUCGAGUUCAGAAGCAUCUGCUGACGGGGUGAUGCUGAGAGGCGAAGAGGCGACUCGGUUCAAGAAGGAUGCGCCGUUUUACAUCCCUCCUGAGAAGCCGAAUCCGUUUGGUGGUAUUCACCAAAGGAAGCCUGAAGAGAAGGUCAACGUGCUCGACUACGUGCAACCAGCGGACCUUCAAAAGUAUGGCAUAAUACCUGAGCUGAUUGGACGCAUCCCUACUGUAUGCGCUGUGUCCGCUCUGGAUGAGGAGGCCCUGGUUCGUGUCCUCACGGAACCAAAGAACAGUCUGAUCUCGCAGGAGCAGCACAAAUUCUACUUGCGAAAUAUCGAGCUACGUUUCACCAGCGGUGCGUUGAGAGAGAUCGCACGGAAGGCCAGCAAGAUGGGUACCGGCGCCCGUGGAUUGCGACAUGUCGUUGAUCAGCUGCUCCUUCAGGCCAAGUACGAAACACCUGGUUCAAACGUCAAGCACAUUCUUGUCACGCAGGACGUGGCUCUUCUGAAGAAUGCUCCCCUCUACUUCCAACGAGGUCAAGCUAAUGCUUUCCAAGCCACACUGACACAAGAGGAGGAGAAGUGGGAUGAAGAGCUUAGAAGCAAGGAAGAUGCGUCCAAUGGACAUGCCCAUUCGUUUGAAGAAUACAGGAAGGCUGGCGCGGCAGGCAUGUAAAGACAGGCGACUAUUGGACCCAUUCUUCCUUUGUCUGCGAGCUGCGGACAGCCUUCUUCGCCAGGGAGGAUGAUGCAUUGGAGCGGAGAGUUGAAGCGGUGCAUAUGUGCGUGAGCAUAUGCAGAAACGCAGUGAUAAUUCUCUGUGAUUGGCCGCACCGUGCUGCGGGUACCUUGAUGCCGGUCUCGAUGAGCAACCCGCAGCGUGGAGGCAGUCAGUUCGAUUCGUUGUAGAUGACAUUAGCAGCCAAAUGAGCGAUUACGAAAUAAUAGAUACGAUCCAAUGAAACUGUGGUGGGUUAUCGUCGA